AUGACAGACACUCGCGUCGAAGCCGCCAAACGCGCCGCAGCCCAACAAGCGGUAAAAGACCACUUCGACCCCUCUGCCACCCACGUAGGCAUCGGCUCCGGCACCACAAUCGUCUACGUUGUCGAAGCCAUCAAAGCCCUCUCCACCAACCCAAACAUCCUCUUCGUCCCCACAGGCUACCAAUCCCGCCAACUCGUCAUCGCCGCAGGCCUAACCCCAAUCGCCUUCGACAGCCUCCCGCCGAACCAAAUGCUCGAUGUGGCCUUUGAUGGCGCAGACGAAGUCGAUGCAGAGCUCAACUGUAUAAAAGGCGGAGGCGCCUGCUUAUUCCAGGAGAAAUUGGUGGCCGAGCGCGCCAAGAAGUUUGUCUGUGUGGCGGAUUACAGGAAGAGGCAGGACAGGCUGUUGACGAAGUGGCCGACGAUUCCCAUCGAGGUAGCGCCCCUGGCACAGGUCAAGGUGACGGCCGCGUUGCGGGAGCUGGGCAGCACGGAUCCCAAGUUGAGGACUACGCUGUUGGAGAAGUCGGGGCCCCUGAAGACGGAUCAGGACUUCUUCAUCAUCGACGCCCCGUUUCCGACCCUGUUGACGGCGGCAGAUGUCCAGGCGGGCAAGGGUAAGGGCGACGGAAGUGAUGGCAGCUGGGAGGUCAACCACAUCUGCAAGGCCAUCAAGGGGCUGACUGGUGUGUUGGAGGUGGGCAUCUUCGCUGGCUUGAACGGGAUCGAGGCACAAGAGCUGAGGGCGAGAGAAGGCGGGAGAGGGGCAGUGGCCGGAGGCCAAAAGCCAAUCGCUGUCUACUUCGGCAUGGCCGACGGCAGCAUCAAGGUACGGACAGUCCAAGGAGAGCAAUAG